AUGGACCUAAUACAGUCGAAAAUCGUUGUUGGUAACGUGUGUGAACUAGAAGAGUUGCUUCAACAGAUUUCACAUACCGAAAGUGCCCCACCGGCAGUGUUGUUGUCCCAUGCGUACGCAGAAUUAACGCACCACAACGUACCACUGUCGGCGGAAGUGGUGCACUUCAUCGAGAGCGUAUUAAUUAAAGCCAGCUAUCAGCGUGCGGCCGCUUAUCAGCCCAACGAUAGCGCAGCGAAGAGCGAGCCGACGAACCGUGUAUUGCAUUUGGUGAAAAGUAUUGAUCUUAUCGUCAAUCACCAUCGGACGGGGCUGUACACCGAUAUCGAUGAAAGUAUGAUUCAACGCUUGCGCCAUGUUUACGCACACGUGUUCUUUCUUAAAACGCACCACCGGAAGUUGCCUCUUUUGCAGCUGCAGUUCUGCAUUGCCGUUUUCCUCAAGCUGGUCACGGGAAAAGCAAACAAUAGUUUCGAUGUCUUUUCCUUCGCGAUCGAUAAAGAACGUUUGAUUCGAUUUUUGCAACUCGUCAGAAACGAAUUGGUCAGCAGCCAGCACAGCCGGACUAUAUCGUUCGAACGCUACUAUCAAUAUAUUGGCUAUUUGCUGAAGGCCGACGGAAGAUCGAAGGCAUCAUUGCGUGUUCCUAAGCGAAUUCGCACCUUCAUUCGGGCGGACUUCCGUGUGAUGCAACCUUUAUUCAGUGGCAUCGAUUGCAAAAUGUCCUUCACCGAGCUUCCAUCGCAGUUGCAGAAGGGUUUGAAGGCUCACUACGACAAAACGGUCGAUUGGGACGCUCGGCGUCGAUACAAGAAAUAUUUUAAGGAACUCAACGACACCUACUUCCUCAUGAAGCAGCACUACUCGAUACGCAAGAUACUGUCCUACAUCGAUGGCGUACCUGAGGUUACCCCAAACACGCCGCCUUCUCCGACGAUCGUCCGUGCAAUCAAGCGAAGCAUACAGGUGAUUGGAGAAACGAUCAAAAGCACUCGCGAAACACCGAACAUUACGGUCAAACUGAACCGCGUCCUGAAGCUCAUCACGUCCGUCGCAUUGACUGAGCGGACCAAAGACUUACGCCAGUUCUUCAGCCACGGUUAUCCGUUGUCGAAAUGGGAAUUGGAGAGGUCCACCCCAGCGGAUGUGGCGACCGUGUUUCAGACGAUCGGAAAAAAUUUGCGCGAAGCUCGCCACUGGUUCGUUUACACGCAAACGCAGCAAAAUCUGCGCCUUUAUCGGCACUAUCUGGCGUAUUUGCUGGCGUUUGACUCCAUGGAUGCGCUGCGUAGUUACAUCGCGUUCGUGGGCACUGAAUUUAAGGCCAGUCUCAUACAAUCGUUUCUCCCCGAGCAGCUCACGGAGGCGAAACUUCUCCUGCAGGAAAUGCUGCGUACUUCAAGCAAAGACAGUGAUCCGGCGUACACCGCAACACUGCGGCCCGAUUUGGAGUAUCUCGAACGGGAAAUCGAGUUGCGCAUCAAUGCAAUCCGCAAUGAAAAUGCCUCACUCGGCCGUACCGUCGAUGAGUACUUCUUUCUCGAAACCUACAUACGCCAGCCGAGUGGAACACUCGAUCGUGUGCGAACGAUCGUUCGGUCGGUCCUGUGCGCAACGGAGCUCUCUAACCGGCACAAGCUUGUCGAAAAGACUGAUCUCCGGUUCGGUCGCGAACUCAUGGCUAGGCUCCACACGAUGGAGCGGGACGAAGGGCGGGCCAAUCUGUGGCACAGCAUCUGGCAGAGAUUGGCACGCGAUAAUUUCGACGGUAUCGACACGCUCAUGGGGCGAACGGAACAGCGAUCGGAUGUGGUCCUCGAUGAAACGGUGCGUACGAUGCAAUCUCUUGGACUACCGCUGGCCGAUGAGGAAUUCGUUCAGUUCGUAGAUCGGCGAUUCGUCAAAAGCUAUUACCCCAACGUGUUCGUGCUGGACAACAAGUACCGAGUCCUGAAGGAGAUCAUCAAGGAUCGUAGGGCGCAGGUUGGCGUGCGGGACGCUUUGGCGAAACUGAAAGAGUUGCGCCGUUCCGAUGAGGCCGUGCUGCAGGGAAUGUACGAUCAGCUGAUCGAUCGCAUGGGAGAAACCCUGCACAACGCUUCCGGCACACGGGCUGAUCAGAUAGCGCUCGAGUACAGUCUGCUCGAGGUAUCGGAAAUACUGUGCAAUCUGGGCUUGUUCCGGGACAAUGUGGCCGACCUGGCAGCCAGCAUGACACCGGUCGUCACGGGGCGCAAUUUGCGCAACUAUUUGGCCCACGACAGCCUGGCGUACGACACUCUGAUGGCCGGAAGUCCUGUGCCUGGCGCAACUAUCGUUCAUAACGCUCAAUUUUUGGUCGAACACCGGACUAGGCUUUACCAUGUGCCGAGUGUGUCCGGACCUCACAGCGCGAAAGGAGAACAACUGCAUUUUGAGGAAGUAUACAAACUGCAAACCGAGUGGACAGCGCAACAGGUGGAGUUUCUGGAACGUGUGAAACAGAUGGAUUUGGUGCAACAAUUUGCUGGAGGCGCACGUGCUGAUCUUCUACUGCCGAGACGCGAUCAUCUCGAUUACGACAUCGUGUCGAUAGCACUGAACGCACACCCGGCCAAAUUUAUUUCUCAGCUGGUGUGUUACGAGGAAAGUGAGGCAAACUUUUUUCACUUUCUACUAUCACACGAUUGCAUGGGUGAUGUGAAGGGAAUGAUCCGCAGCUUGAUAGAAAAUCCGCACCUGUUCUGCCUUCGUCUGGCACUCAUGAACGGCUUGUGGGAGGAAACGGAGGCUAGCUUUCGGCAUUGCCGUGACGAGCCGGAGGUACAGCCCAUCGUAACCCGUGAAGUUCCUUGCCUUUUCCGCAGGCACAGUACCCCGUUCAUCGUCCGUGUACUGGAACUGUUCCCAUCAGUCUGGUUUCACGGUGUGGCCGACCAUCUAGGCAAUACGAUCCUGCAUCUGGCGGUACUGCGGGGGGACAAGAAUUUGUUGCUGCUCGUGUUACGCCGCUACGGCAAUCUGGUGAAUGUGGCCAACAAAUUCGGAGACGUGCCAUUGCUGAUCGCUGUGCUCUACAGCGACGACACUGCAAUCGCCGAUCUGCUUUUCGAGCACGGUGCUAAUCCGUGGUCGGCUCCGAACAUCCUGGCUAAAGUUGCUUCCUGCAAUCGUUUGUCUCUUUUGCUGCGUGUAAGUGAUGCAUUCGCAAGCCGAAUGCCACCGGUCGGAGAUGACCUUCGGAACAAUCCGAUGCGAGCGGCCCUCGAGAGUGGCCAGUUCGAAGUGUUCCAAACGCUGCAUCGUACGUUUCGGUACGAUCUGCACCAAGGGGAGCUCUUGCAUCUGGCCUCACGACUCAAUCGUUUCGAGUUCCUGCGUUACAUUCUGCUCGAGGUGAAGGAUGUCGAUCCCGUGAAUGCGGGCCACUGUUUCACCCCACUUAUGGUAGCCUGCGGGUCUGGGCACUACGAAAGCGCACAGCUUCUGCUACAGCACGGUGCCAGUGGCGUGUUUCGAAAUGAGAACGGUUACAGUCCGUGGCACUGCGCCGUGUAUAGUGGCCGGAAGCGCGUCGUGCGACUCCUGCUAGCCAUGUGUCCGGGCGUGGACGUGAACACGAUCACGCGGGACAAACACUCCGCCUUGGGGCUCGCCAUAGAAGCGGGCCACAGUGUGCCCCAAAUGUUGGUACUUUUGCGGGCAGGCGUCUCCGUGUCGGCGGACCAUGUGCUUCAAGCGUGCACCGGGGACAGGUUUGUGAUCUUCAAACUGCUGUUGGAACGUCACCCGGAGUUUCUUGAGGCGCGGGACUACUUCCAGCGCACUCCACUCAUGCUGGCCGUCAUAGAGGGCAACGUAGCCAUGGUGCGCUAUCUCCUGGCUUGCGGGGCCAACGUGAAUACGGUGAACAUGCUCGGUAUGGGGUGUCUACACGUGACAGCCAUGAAUAACCAGGUGCAAAUAUGCACAAUACUGCUCGAGGCACCGAUCGACUGUGAGGCCGAGGACCGCUGUUGCCGGACGCCGCUGGUGGUUGCUUUGGAGUGCGAACACCUGACGAUGGUGGAGAUGUUGCUCCGGCACGGAGUGCAGCUGGAGAGCGCGUACCGGUUCCGGUACGGUGUGCGGCACCGGAAUGCUUCGUUGCUUCACAAAUUUACCAUCGAAAAGCGGCCCCGAAUGGUGCAGUACCUACUGCAGAAUCUCCGUUUUCCGCCGGACACCAAGGAUGAUGACGGCAAAACGGCAGCCAUGUACGAGAGCGAGGAAUAA